CACCAGGAAGGAGGACAAUUCGUCUCCCCGGGCUGCCCGAGCGACAGCUGUCAGAGGGGCAGGAGCUUCUGGGAGCCGCCAUCUGAAGGCUACGUGUGCUGCUUGGUCAUUCAAAUUGUCAAUUUUAGGUCCAGAAGUGUCCAAACCACAAGUUCUCAAAACUCUCUGAAAAAUGGCUCCCUCCGCGUUAAGCAAUUCUGAAAGGCAUUCUCUGGGAAAAGUCUGUGGCGAAGCAAGGGAUCUUCUUGCAAAUAAUGUGGUCUCGGGCAAAGACGCAGCAUCUUGGCUGUCUGCUCAAAAAAUGCCUAGGCUCUUGGUGGAAACUGAGUGUCGAGCUGCAAAACUUCACAUGGCAGAGUGUCAUCAUUUAAGAGCGCCUGGACACCGGAAAAGGCGAUUCACUGAGCGCCCGGAGUUGGAGACAAUUUGGGGUUCCGUCUUAAACAUCUUUCGAGGUCUGCGCCGGGCGGCCAUUGGCGGCGGAGCGUCACGUGACUGCGGGGGCGUGCCAAUGUGCGCCCUCGCGGGUGUCAAGCCCCUGUCAGAGUGUGCGAUCAAGACCGUGAAACAACGCGAUGCAAAAAGCGACCUACUACGACAGCUCCGCGAUCUACGGUGGCUACCCCUACCAGGCAGCCAACGGGUUCGCUUAUAAUGCCAGCCAGCAGCCGUACGCGGCGUCUGCGGCACUGGGCGCCGAGGGCGAGUACCACCGACCCGCCUGCUCGCUCCAGUCACCUGCCAGCGCUGGGGGCCACCCAAAGGCGCACGAGCUGAGCGAGGCAUGUCUGCACACCCUGAGCGGCCCGCCCAGCCAGCCCCCAGGCCUGGGCGAGCCGCCCCUGGCCCCACCGCCGCCCCAGGCCGCGCCCCCUGCCCCUCAACAGCCUCAGCCACCACCACAGACCCCUGCUCCGGCUCCUGCCGCGCCCCCGCCCCCGUCUUCAGUCUCCCCACCUCAGAAUGCCAGCAGCAACCCCACCCCUGCCAGCGCGGCCAAGAGCCCCCUACUCAACUCACCCACCGUGGCCAAACAAAUCUUCCCCUGGAUGAAGGAGUCUCGCCAGAACACAAAGCAGAAAACCAGCGGCUCCAGCUCAGGAGAGAGCUGCGCGGGCGACAAGAGUCCGCCUGGGCAGGCGUCCUCCAAGCGGGCGCGCACGGCCUACACGAGCGCGCAGCUGGUCGAGCUGGAGAAGGAAUUCCACUUCAACCGCUACCUGUGCCGGCCACGCCGGGUGGAGAUGGCCAACCUGCUGAAUCUCACCGAGCGCCAGAUCAAGAUCUGGUUCCAGAAUCGCCGCAUGAAGUACAAGAAGGAUCAGAAGGGCAAGGGCAUGCUGACGUCAUCAGGGGGCCAGUCCCCAAGUCGCAGCCCUGUGCCCCCGGGAGCAGGCGGCUAUCUGAACUCUAUGCAUUCGCUAGUCAACAGUGUUCCCUACGAGCCCCAGUCGCCCCCGCCUUUCUCCAAGCCCCCUCAGGGCGCCUACGGGCUGCCCCCUGCCUCCUAUCCUGCAGCCCUGCCCAGCUGCGCACCGCCACCCCCACAGAAGCGCUACACAGCCGCGGGAGCAGGGGCAGGGGGCACACCCGACUAUGACCCGCACGCGCAUGGCCUGCAGGGCAACGGCAGCUAUGGGACCCCACACUUACAGGGAAGCCCCGUCUUCGUAGGGGGCAGCUAUGUGGAGCCCUUGAGCAACUCUGGGCCGGCCCUCUAUGGCCUAACUCACCUCCCUCACGCCGCCUCGGCCACCAUGGACUACGGGGGUGCUGGGCCGCUGGGCAGCGGCCACCAUCACGGGCCCGGGCCAGGGGAGCCGCACCCCACUUAUACGGACCUUACCGCCCAUCAUCCUUCUCAGGGAAGAAUUCAGGAAGCCCCCAAGCUCACCCACCUGUGAUGGUGGGCUCGGGGCUGCGCGCCAGGAGAGCCCCCCCUUCCCCUUUCCUCCUCCUUUGCUUUUUUUGUUUUAAGGUUCUCCCUGCCCCUCCCUUUUCUCUCUCUCUCUCUCCUCUGCUCCCUCCCCUCUCCCCGUUUUGUUUUCUUCGGUAACUCGUUUUUAUAGUUUUUGUGACGUAGCAAUCUUGGUUGCUGGAAUGGCUGUCUGUAUCAGUAGCGAUAUUUAUCUCCUCCCGCCCCUCGUCGGCCGCCGGCCCUGCACCCUCGACCUUCUCUACUCUUUGAUCAGAAACAGGGUAUAUGAACAAAUUUUCUAGCCGAGUUCUUCAAUGUGAAUUUGUUCGUACAUUAUGGCUCCCGAGGGGACGCGAUUACUUUUUUUUAAUUUUAGUUUUUUAAUUGCACUUCUUGUAAAGAGCGAGAAAAAAAAAAUCAAAGGCGCUUUGAGACAGGGACCCCCUGUGCAAGGUUAACUACGUGUACGUCUUUCCGUGUGUGUAUGCUGGUGAACAGUCAGAUUUAUUUAUAUUUUUUUUGCAAGCAUUGAAUAAUCUAAGUUUUAAAUAUUAUUUAUCCCCAUCCGUUCGUAUUUAUAUUAAAGAAAUUCUGUACCCUGAUUGUUCAGAAGGUUUCUUGGGCCUUUUGUUCAAUAGUGUAUUGGCGUACAUAGGAAAUUUUUUAUUUGAAAGGGAAAUGUAAUUCCUUUAUAAAAAACGGUAAUGAUGCAAUAAUACCAGAGAGGAUCCAGCUUUCGAAAAGCGGUGAUUUAAUUUGUAACAUCCGGCGAAACUGAAGAAAACAAUCUGUAAACGUGAAAAAUGCUACAUUUGUUUUGAGAGUUCUACAUUCCUUGCUGCUCACACUCUGAGAAACAAAACAAAAAAAAUAAAGUUUUUAUUCUGAAUAAUAUCCGCGUUCGGAAGGGGUUCUUUGACCGAAGAUGGGGGUCUGCGUGGAAUGGAGACGAACCGGCGGAGCAGGCCGCAGCCGCGCUGCAGCUCCGGCCGGGCCUGGCGGGGCAGCUCGACUCGUAGAACGGCGAAUUCCCCGGAAGGCAGCCGGAGCUCCAGGCGGCUGCAGCUCUGGAGACGCCGAGCGGCCAGCCCGCUGGGCCGCCUGGUUCCCAGCUGCCACAGAGGCCGGCAGCGGGCACAGGGGCUGCGGAGAGCUGACUGUAAGAGAAACAAAGGCAGCGGCCCAGGCGCAGCGGGGGGCGCACAGGUGCCGGACGGCCCCACGCGGGAGUCAGCGGGCUGUCUCCUUGUCCUCGAUCUUCCUCCGGUCAAAGCCUUCUGGUCCACAUCUCAACCUGGGGAAUCGCC